AUGUUGACCGGAAGUUCUGAGUGCACCCCCACGGCCAUCACUAUUUCCUCUGCCAACACCGGUCCAAACACACUCACGAGUGCGCAUCACUUCGUGUCGCUUAAGUUGACACACCGGAAUUACCUGUAUUGGCGAACGCAAGUUAUACCGUUCCUACGAGGCCAAGGCCUCCUUGGCUUUGUCGAUGGUACGCGGUCGUGCCCAUCCCCGCAGAUCGACAUUCCGGCUGGCGACAAUCCAGGCGAUGCCGCCUCCUCCACCGAGAAUCUAGCGUACGGAGUGUGGGUGCAGCUGGACGCAUCUAUCUUCUUGUUACUGAUUUCCUCCCUCUCAGAGGAAGUCAUGUAUCUGGCUCUUGGUCGGAUAACCUCACGAGGCGUAUGGCUGGCGGCGGAGACAGCUCUCGGGUCAUCGACGGAAGUCCGGAGUCUCAAUCUGUUUGGGCAGAUUCAGACCUUGCGUCAAGGUGAUAGUUCCACGGAGGAGUACUUGGGCCGUGCACAACGCUUGGUCGAGGACCUUGCACUGGCCGGACGGGUUCUAACUCUAACCGAGCAAAAUCUGUACGUAUUCCGUGGGUUGCGGCCGGAGUUCCGGGCAGUCGCAUCCUCACUGGCGAUCGCGGGCAGAUCGGUUUCGAUCCCGCAACUUGCAGAUUACCUCCAGGCGCAACAAUUUAUCCACGCUGAUGAUUAUCCGACUUACCAACCGGCGACGCAGAGCGGAGUUCCAGCAGCAUUGUACGCCGGUCGGGGCAGACGCCAGCAAGGAGACGGUGGCCGGCAGUCUCGUGGUGGAGGUGGACGUGGUGGCAAUCAACGCGGCGGUCGCGGCGGGCGUGGCCGGAACGGCGGAUUGCGCUGCUAG